GUCAGAAUGACCAGACGAGUAUCGAUUCACCUGGCUGCUGGUUAUGCCACAUUGAGCGGAGCAUUUCCGGACAUGAGAUCUGACUAUCCGGGGAAGAUCCAAUGAUCGACGUGCGCGUCGAUAAAAUGUAGCCGCGGAUACCACCGAAGGAUGCCCAACUUCCGACAGCUUUUACUUGGCACGUUAAUCUUCGUGACAUAUCAUCGUACCAGCUACGGACAAAAUGGCACGACCACGGACGAACCGUAUUCCGAGCAGUCAACGAUACCCGCGGAAGUGAAAAUAACAUCGUGGAACGACAUGCCAUUUUCCGGCCUGGUGAUGAAGAACGGUACAUGGGUGGGAAAGGGCUACGCGUUUUAUUUGCUCAGGUUGCUCAGUUCCAAAUUAAAUUUCACGUACACCAUCGUACCGCCGAACCAACACGUGUUGGGCAACAAACGGAAUGGAAUACUAAGUUUACUUUACGAGAAGAAGGUGGACAUGGCUGUGGCUUUCUUGCCAACUUUGCCGGAGUUGCGAAAAUUUUGCACGUUCAGCAUAGCUUUGGAUCAAAGUGAACUGACAGCCUUGAUGAAGCGACCGCAAGAAUCGGCGACCGGUUCGGGAUUGCUCGCACCGUUUAACCAAACUGUCUGGCUACUGGUACUCGCUUCAGUACUCUCAGUGGGACCGAUAAUCUACAUCUUCGCUACACUCAGGGCGAAAUUGUGGGGCGAUCCUGACUCGGAGAAUUAUAGCCUGUUCUCCUGUGUGUGGUUCGUGUACAGUUCUUUGUUGAAGCAGGGAACGAGCAUAAUUGCGACAACAGACUCAACGAGGAUUCUCUUCGCCACGUGGUGGAUAUUCAUCUUGAUAUUGACGUCUUUCUAUACGGCGAAUCUCACCGCGUUUCUCACGAGGCCGCAGUUCACUUUGCCGAUCAACUCUCUGAAUGAUAUAGUGCGCAAAGGUUAUCGUUGGGUCGCUCACAAAGGACGCACGAUCGAAUAUUUGAUCUCUCAAUAUCACCCGGACGAAUUGACUCCUUUGAAUUCUACAAGAUGGAAGGGUCACUAUAUCUCGGCGCACGAAUACCCGGUUAGAGCAAUUCUCAACGCGGUCGACAAGGACAAACUGUUCCUCGCGGAAACCCAUUACCUUCAGACUCUGAUAUUCGAGGAUUACGUCAACAAAACCCGCCUGCGUCUGGAGCAUCAGAAGAAGUGUACAUACGUCAUUAUGCCUAACACGAUCCUCGUUACCAGUCGAGCUUUCGCCUUCCCCAUAGGCUCUUCUUUGGAGGCACCGAUCAAUAAAGAGCUGAUGGCUCUGGUGGAGGCCGGCAUAAUAAGGCGCGCGAAGCUGAGAGACCUACCGCUCGCCGAAGUAUGCCCGGUGGAUCUUCGGUCCACCGAACGGCAACUGACCAACUCCGACCUGUCGCUGACCUACAAGGUCGUGGCUGGUGGAUACGUGAUCGCAGCGGUGGUUUUCCUCGUCGAGCUAACGAUUAGAUGUACCACAAACUGUUACAAACGACGGAAGACGAUCGGCAAAUGUUGCGACUUCAGUUGCUGCAAAUCGAAACGGCGGCAGCCGAAGGCAGCUGCGACCCCGGAACUGGUGUACAUCACGAAGAAUCGUUUCUUCGACAGCCGGAACAGUUUGCAGAAGAGAAGCGUGAGGCCGCUGUACCAGAACGUUCCGCACAAUAUCGUUCAGGGCAAGAGGCAUUUUAUUAACGGGCGCGAUUAUUACGUCGUGAUAGAUCGCGGCGGCGAUCAAAGAUUGAUACCCAUCCGCACGCCGUCCGCGUUUCUCUUUCAGUACGCGGCAUAGGCGAAAGAAACCGUUAAUUUGCAUUUUGCACACAGCCGCAACGAGCCGUGGAAUAUCGCAUCAAUGGAAUAAUUCGUUAGAUUUCAAAAGUGCUGAUUGUACACCGCACGGUAAAAUGUUUUGUGUCAAAUUUAACACAUUUUGCAUGGUCCACAUAAAUUUUUGUGUUAAUUUAAUAGAGAAUAAAUAUGCUCAAAUGAUAACACACAAGUAUUACGUCCAAAAAUUAACGCUAAAUUAAUCUUUAUAAUAUGUUAAUCGACACACUGAAGUAUAAGUAAAUUAUUAUAAUAUUUUACACUUACAUAUGUUAAACACGGGCUCAACACAAAAUAUUAAGGUGGUGUAAACACCUCAAUAUGUUAAAGUAACACACGGAUAUAUUAAAAAUUUGACGGAAAAUUUCAACAAGGGCCGAACACAAGCGAAACGUUUUUUUACUGUGUGAGUAUCGUACGUCGCCGAUGAUCAUAUCACCGUUC